AUGUCAAGCAUACGGUUUUCUGCACUUGUAUUACUCGCCUUGUGUGUAAUCAAUACUCAGGCAUUAUACUUUUAUCUCGAAGGUUCCGAGAAGAAAUGCUUUAUUGAAGACUUACCAAAAGAAACCAUGGUCAUUGGUGUUUACAAGACAGAGCAGUUCUCUUCAACUCAAAAUGAAUGGAUUGAAAAUAAGGAUGUCAAGAUGGAAAUCACAGUCGAGGAACUUCCUCAAGGUCACAGAGUUGUAGACACAAAAGGUGGUUCAUCUGGACGCUUUACUUUUACUUCUGCUGAAUCUGGAGACCAUGCCAUCUGUCUUUCUACUUCAUCAAACGCCUGGUUUGACAAUACCAAGACAAGAGUUACUUUUGAUAUGGACUUUGAUGAUCCAACUGACCACCAUGAUCAUCAUGCGGAUGGCGUCUCUGAAUUGGUACAAAGAGUACAUGAAUUAAACGAACGUGUUGAAGAUAUACAAAUUGAACAAAAUGCUCAGCGUGAACGAGAAGAAGCAUUCCGUGAUCAAUCCGAACUGAUCAACUCUCGUGCAGUGUGGUGGACCAUUGCUCAAAUUGCCGUCUUGGGUGUUGUUUGUUUCUGGCAGAUGCAUUACUAUAAAAAUUUCUUUACAGCCAAAAAACUUGUAUAA